AUGCGGGAACACCUCCCGGCAUGGCUAGCCAAAGGUGAAAUCAAAAACAUCAGCAACUCUAUCCUUGCCCACAUGAUUGACUCCGGACAUCGUGUGGACCUCAGCGAAGGCUUUAAGGUAAUUUACAAGGUCCCACCAGACUACCUAAAGUUCCUGGGUCAAAGUUUGCGAGCAACAGCAGAUGCAACCGAGAUCUGGUUGAGGAAGCCGGUUUUGUGA